AUGGACUGGGAUGUGGGCUCCGAGUCUUGUGAUAGGGAUAUGACUUCGAGUGUCUCUCAGAUAAUGGGUGUCUUUGAUGUCUCGGUUUGGGAUGAGGACUGUCUUACAGGGAAGGCAUGCGAGAGACAACUCUGCCAUCAGAGCCAUCACUCUCUGGCAUCGCAUCCAUCAGCCCAGCGAUGGCAUCAAAGAACUAACAUUGAUAGUAGGAAUCGCCGCGAGAGUGCUGUCCCGUCCCGUCCCCUCCGACAAAACCUCUUGAGCUGCAGCUCCAGUAUCAGCGAAAUUGUGCCAAUCAUUGGUAGGCCGACGCGUUCAACGUAUGUACAGUACAGCGAAAGAGAGAUCCCUAUCCCCUCAAACUCCAAGACCUGUUCCCCACUCCAUGCGCACAAACCCAUAUUGGACGCAAAUAAGAGUCCACUCGUGUUGUUGGCGAAGACCUGUUCCAGUAUUGGCAUCGAUUCGCCAAACAAUAAGCCCCUGAUUUUGGACAAAUCCAAGGAUCACAGCGCCGGUGGUUCGCACCACUCGGACAGGGGUGACAGGAAAAAGACCGGCAGCUCAUCGGCGAACAGUAUAGUCAACGGCGACGACAACAGCAGUCAGAGUAACACGACUUCAUGUAAUUCAUCGAAACUGUCGUUCAAACCGUACGACAUCUCCACCAAAAAGAGCAAUAAUUUCAGUAAUAAUAGU